GAUCAGCACCAGACCUCUCUGUGUUUGCUCCAGAAAUAGUCCCGCUAACAAGUCAUAUUAAGCGGGCUUACGCAGACAGGACUCAGCCUUGAACGGAUUUUAUGUUUGCUAUUUUAAUGUUUUAUUUCAAAAUGUAGACAUGUUACUGUUUUAUAAAACAGGUUAUUGCGACUGACGAGCGCGUAAAUCCUCACUUGGGUGUUUUACGCACGGACGUUACGCACAGACGUAUGUUUGUUUUUUCCACUUUUCUCGCCACUUAACUGUGACGUUUGCAGACAUGUUUUCACUUUUUUAUGGAUUUUUAUGUUUCUGUGUGCUGGGCUGCCGGCACCACGCGAGCUGUCAAGCGGACGAUGGUAAGCGGUACAUUUGCCGAGCAGUGCCGAUCAUCGGCGACGCCACCAGCUGCCCGGUGACCUUGUUACCUGAAGCCAGCGCUGGCGGCCAGGAAGAGGAGCUCCGUAACACCGUAAUGCAGCUACGGGAGACCAUUUUGCAGCAGAAAGAAACCAUUUCCAAACAACUAGGCACCAUCAACGAGCUGACCACCAAACUGUCUCUGUGCGCCUCCACGACUGAUGACAGAAAGUACGAAAAGGGGGCUUCUUGGGGUAAAGAGAAGCAAAACACCAUGGGAGACGUCCCAAGAGAUCCAAAUGACACCAUUGAGAAUCUUGGAAAAACAAUGCAAGGGCUCAAGGAUCGGCUGGAGAAUCUAGAGCAACAGCAGAUGCGGGCCAACAUAUCCGGCGCGCCUUUCCCCAGCGAGCUGCGUGACUUGCUGCAGCGUCGCUUGGUCGAGCUGGAGAAACAGCUCCUGAAGAAAGUCAGCAACUUGGAGGAGGAGAAGAGCAUGCUGUCCAACGCCACGGCGGCAUACCGGCUGAAGACUGAAAGCACGCUCAACGCGCUGGUGGAGAGGAUCAGUGAGCUGGAGAAAGGAGGUGAAGACUUCAAGUCCCCCGAGCAGUUCAAACUCUCCCUCCCCCAGCGUACAAACUACUUGUAUGGCCGCAUCACCAAGAGCCUCCCUGAGAUGUACGCGUUCACUCUCUGCAUGUGGAUCAAAUCCAGCGCCAGCCCAGGCAUUGGGACGCCAUUCUCCUACGGCGUUCCCGGACAAGCCAAUGAGAUUGUGCUGAUCGAAUGGGGCAAUAACCCAAUUGAGCUGCUCAUCAACGAUAAGGUCGCCCAGCUGCCCUUGGAUGUACGUGACGGACGGUGGCACCACAUUUGCAUCUGCUGGACCACAAGGGAUGGUCAGUGGGAGGCUUACCAGGAUGGGGAAAAACAAGGGACAGGAGACAACCUGGCGGCAUGGCACCCCAUCAAACCAGGGGGGGUGAUCAUCCUGGGACAGGAGCAGGACGUUGUAGGUGGGCGCUUCGAUGCCGGACAAGCGUUUGUGGGCGAACUGAGUCAAGUAAACAUUUGGGACCGUGUUCUGAAGCCAGUGGAGAUCCAGUCUAUGGCCAACUGUACGUCGUACAUGCCUGGUAAUGUGAUCUCGUGGCUAGCGAGCAACGUGGAGGUGUUCGGGAGGGGAGCCUUUAAGAGGCCCCUGGAGAUGUGUCAGGAGCGCCUGCCCAAUACCUAAACCCUUAUAGCCUCUGCCUUUAUUUUAAUUAACGAUCACAAUUUUUGUCUAAUUACUGUGACUAGAAGUUGUGAAAAAAGUAGCAUUUUGAGUGUUGGAUGUGCAAAUUGGCUGCUUGCUUCCUGUUUGUGCUGUCCACCCUUGCUGGUGAAAAGCUGCCCUCAGGUAUUACUGUCCUCCCACGGUAACCCCCAGGCUUUGAGAUGAUGAAAAUGCUCUCAAGCCCCGCACAGACGCACGCAACUGUUGCUAAUACAAAUACAUGAAGGCUCAGACUGACUCCCAGUUUGCUGUUGCGUGCUGUGCAAGAGAAAGCAGGAAGGAAGAUUAGCUAAUGUUAUGUCUAUUGCUUAGCUGGGGAAUCGGCUUGGAGCCAAAAUCAAUCACAGCAUGUAUCCUGACAUCUUUAGUCUAUGCUUGCACUUUAUUAGCAAAAUAAAUUGCCCUAUUUGUUGUGUGUGGACACCAGUGAUACUAAUGAGUCUGUCACAGUGCUUUUUCCCCUUUUUGCCUUUUACAUAUGAGCAAAACAAAUAUGUUUAUAGCAUCAUCACUGCAAAACAUUUGUGCUUGCUGUUUGUUCUAUAUACUGUAAUAGCUGAGCAACCAAAACUAUGAAUGUAUACUUCUAAUGUAUUAAUGGUGUAUCAGUCGUAGUGUCCUGUAUUGUUUUGUAUAGCUUUUUGCUGCAUAAUCAUUCCUGUGGCCUUCAUAGGGACUAAAGUGCCAACGUUUGUGUUGCAAGUACCAAACUGACAUCACCAAUAAGUGUAAAAUAAAGACAGCU